UCACCUCAUCUCACAAUGGAGCCUCCUAACAUUGUCGGAGAGACAUCAAAAACUCACUCGAAAAACAUGAUGGGCCCUUUCCACUGGGUCUUCCUUUCCGUAUUACUCCUGACAGUGUUCUGGGUAGUACUCAAGCUCUUCAGAAGACGCCGGGCACUUUUAUUUGUCCUCAAACACGACCUGACACGGAGCCAUCGCUGGCUGGCCUCGGAUUUCCUCGACAAGCCGACCUAUUGUAACUCCUGCAUGCAGUGCUGUGCCUCUGGGAGCCUCUGUGAGGUCUGCGGGCUCUGCGUCUGCCCAGAAGAGGCUUGCUUACAAUCAGUGGCAACUUCAAGCAAGACCUGCAAACCACUCUCGACCCAACCAGGAGAAAAGACCAUGAGACACGCAUGGAUACGGGGCAACCUCCCUUUAGCCAGCAGAUGCUUCAAGUGCCUCACUCCGUGUGGAACCGUCCCUGCUCUGGCUGACUAUCGGUGUCUCUGGUGUCACAAUACAGUUCACGAGGACUGUAUCGACGAAGAGAAGGGAGAAGGAAGGAGAGAGAGAGGCGACUGUACUCUUGGUGACCACAAGAGACUGAUCAUUCCGCCUAAUUGUGUGACGCUGGAGGAGAAGCAGGGAUGGAGGAGAGGGAGGAGUAAGGUGGUCGUCAAAGAGAUAGCAGUCCCAAAUACCGACGGAUGGAAACCGCUGAUUGUAAUGGCCAAUUCUAAAAGUGGUGGGAAAGACGGGCAAGCAAUAAUGAUACAAUUAAAAAGACUCCUCAAUCCAAUCCAGGUGGUAGAUUUACUCGAGACACCGCCAGAAAGUGCUCUAGAAAUAUGUCGACUUAUACCAGAGCAGCCGACUAGACUGAUGGUCUGUGGAGGGGAUGGUACCGUAGGCUGGGUCCUGUCAGCCAUUGAUAAAGCAAACCUACCAGUUAAGCCUUGUGUUGGUAUCCUCCCCCUGGGUACUGGUAAUGAUCUGGCAAGGGUUCUAGGAUGGGGUCCAGGGUAUUCACCUGAUGAUGACGUGUCUGAAGUUUUAAGAGAAAUGGAACACGCCCAACAGACACUAAUGGAUCGUUGGAAAGUCGUCAUAGAAUCUCAAAAGAGGAAGUACCUUGGACUUCAAAGAGACGCAAAGGUACUCACCAUGAAUAAUUAUUUGGGUAUUGGCUGUGAUGCUGGAGUAGCAUUGAACUUCCACAGGCACAGAGAGAGUCGUCCUGACCUCUUCACUAGUAGAUUAAUAAAUAAAGCUUGGUAUCUUGGCUUUGGUGCUAGGGACGUCAUUGAGCAAAGCUGUAAAAACUUACCCAAUAAAAUCGAACUUUAUAUAGACGAUGUACCAGUCAAACUGCCUGACCUUGAAGGUAUCGUAAUACUAAAUAUAAACAGCUGGUCUUCCGGUUGCUCUGUAUGGAGUCCCAGUGAUGAAUGGGGCCCAUCAAGGAUUGAUGAUAAAAUGGUUGAGCUGGUUGGACUGUAUUCUUCAUUUCAUAUUGGGAAGAUACAAAUGUCAGUGGCCGAGCCUUUAAAAAUAGGACAAGCAAAAAGUGUCAAGGUUGUUUUGAAAGAGAGCGUCCCCAUUCAAGUUGAUGGCGAGCCUUGGCAGCAGAGCCCAUCAGUUAUUAGUAUCAAUCAUAAUGGACAGGCCAAUAUGUUGAAAAAAGUUUCUUCCUAAAAUGUGUUUUUUAAAAUUUCUUUUAAUGUCAUCUCCCCUCCAUGUACUCUCUCUCUCUCUCCUCCUGUAUCCUUUUAUCAUUGUCUCUCGAUAAAAAUUUUAACAAAUUA